AAAAUCACUUCCUGACCGUGGCUCUGUCUGCCCAAGGCUGGUGAAGAGCGGGCUGCAGCACGUCCUCGGGGCCGCGGGUCCUACCUGGCCGCAGAGCCCGGAAGUGGACCUUUCUGCAGACUUCUUCUCUGAAUCUUCCCAGGAGGUUUUUGAGCCCUGGUAUCCCAGAGUCUGAAUCUGAAUCCCAAGAGAGCAGCCCCCAGCUCAUUCUGGGUGUACCUCCAGCUGAGAAGAUUAGAAGGAGGGAUUCCUGAAGCCCUUGGCUUCCUCACAGAGCCCUGACUAAAUCAGUCACACAGCCUUGGAGCAAGUGCCUGUGGAGCCAGGGGAUGGACCCAAACUCAGUCUUGCUUUCUCCCCAAUCCCGGACCUGCUCCUGCCCAACAGUACCCUGUAUGGAAGGUGGGAGAAGCCCAUCCAGCCAGGAACUGGGCAGAGACACUCCCUUUCCCUGGAGCCAGGUCUCCAACUCCAUUCUUGCUGAACCUGACUGGUUUGGGGACGAGCACAUCCAGGCAAAGAGGGCCAGAGUGGAGACCAUUGUCCAGGGCAUGUGCCUUUCCCCCGGCAAUGUCCGAGGCAGGGACAGCCCAUGCUGCCCAGAGAAAGUCCGGGAGCGGAGGAGGAAGCAGAGCCUUCCCAGGCAGCAAGGCCUGCUGAAGGCAGGCCCUACAGGGUACUGGGGCAACAGGAAGGGACCGGGGGGCCCUCAAGUGAGAGAACAGCUUCACCUGCUAAAGCAACAGCUAAGACACCUGCAAGAGCAUAUUGUGCAGGCUGCUGGGCCUGGGGACACAGCUCAGGGCCCCAAAGAUCUGGAGAAGGGGAAGGACCCUUUGAUAGUAAAGCAGAAGAAUGGCUGUGGGGUUAGUCCCUGGGCUCUGGACAAGGACCACCAGCAGGGUUCCAGCAGGGACCACUCCAGGGUGGAAAAACACAGCGUGCCUGAGGUCAAAUACCAGUUUGAGGAACCCAGUCUCCUUCCUUCUGGAGUGCAGGCUUUGCUGGAGUUCCUGAGGAAAGAAUUGACCAGGGCAGUGUCCCAGGCUGUGGACUUAGUAUUACAAAAGGUUCUAGUGGAUCCACCAGGCCACCUGACCCAGCUGGGCAGAGGCUUCCAGGGGCUAGCACCAGAGGGUAGAAGUGAGCCCUCAUCUCUGGAAGGAGAUGCCUGCAAAGAGCCACUUCCUCUGGCUGCCUUGCCAAGGAGGGUUCAGCCACAGGCUGGGGUUCCAUUGGGGAACUCACCCCUGGCCAAGCCCCUAGAUCCUCCUAAGUACUCUGUCUCUCCAAGAGUGAUCCCCAAACCUUAUCAGGCCCUCCCCACAAACUAUCCCUCGACAGUGCCUUCCCACAGGCAAGAAACUCAGAUUCUUAGCCAGCGACUGAGUCGUGGACACAGUGGCCAUUGGAACAGCAGUCCUCCCCGAGACUCGUCUUCCCAAAGCUGCCCUUCCUCAGAGGCUGCCCUGCGACCUUGGGGAGCUGUAAAACUGCACCCAUCAAUUCUGAGACAGCAGCAGGACCCCCGGCCCUUCACCACAGCCCAUCUGGAAGGUCUGCCUCUUCUUCCCUUGGUGAAGAUGGAACAGGGAGGCCUGCAGCUUGUCACUGAUGCACUUCCUUUUUCUUCAUCGCAUGUGCAGGAGGGCCUAAAUCCAGGUCACUUGAAGAAAGCCAAGCUAAUGUUUUUUUUCACACGAUACCCAAGCUCCAACCUCCUGAAGGCCUGUUUCCCUGAUGUUCAGUUCAACCGCGGCAUUACCUCCCAGAUGAUCAAGUGGUUCAGCAACUUUCGUGAAUUUUAUUACAUCCAAAUGGAGAAAUAUGCCCGGCUAGCGAUUUCAGAAGGUGUCACGAAUCCCAAAAUGCUGGUGGUUCUCCGCGAUUCGGAGCUUUUCCGAGCUCUCAAUAUGCACUAUAACAAGGGAAAUGACUUUGAGGUCCCAGGUUGCUUCUUGGAAAUCGCCAGCUUGACAUUACAGGAGUUCUUCAGGGCUGUCUCCGCAGGGAAAGACUCAGAUCCUUCCUGGAAGAAACCCAUUUAUAAAAUUAUUUCGAAACUGGACAGUGAUAUUCCAGAGAUAUUCAAAUCUUCCAGCUAUCCCCGGGAGCUGUUUCGGAGUUAAGAUCCCACAAGAGGGCAGAGUGAGGAGUGACUGGCCAGGAUUACCUGGGCUUGUCUUAAAUGGCAGUCUGUAUACCUGUAGUCAUACGAAAAGGGCAUAAGAAACCCCCAAAAUAGGCACUAUUACCAUUUCUGAUCAUUUAUUACCUUUUCCAGAAUCAACAGUUUAACCUUAACUAUAAAAAUAUCAAUUAAGUGUACUGAUUAAUUGGUAUGUUGGUGAUACACUGUUAAAAGAAUAUAACAGCUUGGAAUCAGAAGACUUGAGUCUCAGUGCCACUGUUUCCAGGUGUGGUGACCUUGGAAAACUCCCUGGCAUCUCUGCAUCUGUAAAACGAGGCUG